UUCAAUUUUCAGGCUUCAGCAAUUCAGCAAUCAGCAUUUCGUGGCGAACAUUACGAUCAGUCGUUUUGUUGGGAGUUUUUGUUUUUAUAUUUAUAAACGCGGCGCAAUUAAUCGGAAUAUCUAGCGAUAAAUAUGGCUCAAGGACAAAAUGAAGCUGCACCAGUAAAGGAAAGAUAUAUUCCAAAUGGAUUGAAAUUUGCUUUUGGUGGAUUUGCGGGUAUGGCAGCUACAUGUGUUGUCCAACCACUUGAUCUAAUCAAAACCCGGAUGCAGUUAAGUGGUGGUGGUCGAUCAUCCUUCACUGUAGCUGGUGAAAUUGUUGCUCGUGAGGGAUUUGCUUCAUUAUACACCGGACUAUCUGCUGGCCUGCUUAGACAAGCAACUUAUACAACAACACGUCUUGGUGUUUAUAGCUGGUUAUUUGACACUUAUAGAGAGCGACACGGAGGUGAAGCGCCGGGUUUCGGAGUGAAAACUGCACUAGGUGUUGCAGCAGGUUCUAUUGGUGCCUUCGUAGGAACACCUGCAGAGGUGGCGCUAAUUCGGAUGACAGCUGACGGAAGAUUGCCAGCGGAACAAAGAAGGAAUUAUAAGAAUGUAGUCGACGCUUUGUUGAGAAUAAUUCGCGAAGAAGGCGUGUUGAAGUUAUGGCGUGGUGCGAUGCCCACAGUUGGACGGGCCAUGGUCGUUAAUGCGGCUCAACUUAGCACGUACUCACAGGCUAGGGAAAUGUUUGUGGGUUACGUUCCUGCUGGUAUAACGCUGCACUUCUGCGCGUCCAUGGUGUCUGGUCUGGUCACCACCAUCGCUUCGAUGCCCGUGGAUAUCAUUAAGACCAGAAUACAAAACGCGGCCAAAGGUCAGAGUCAAAUGUCAGUAGUGUCAAAUCUCCUCAAAAACGAAGGGGUGUUAUCACUGUGGAAAGGAUUCGUGCCCUACUACGCCCGAUUGGGUCCACACACUGUGCUCACUUUCAUCUUCCUAGAACAACUCAACGCUGCUUACUUUAAGUAUACGUAAUUAUUAAGACUUAAACCAUUUAAGUUAAUAUAUUUAGCUAUAGAAAGCUAAAAAACCAGCUAACUGCGUAAUUAUAAAAGUAAAAAAAAAAACACGUGCUUGAUAAAAAUCUCAUUUCUACUACCGUCUCUUUUCAACAAAUUGUGUUUACACUGAUGAAAAGAGACAGAAUACUUAUAACGGUGUAAACUAAUAUAUAUAUUUAAGUUAAUGUGUUUUUAUAAAGUUAGUGUUGGUUCAAAACCAUUGUAAGUAUAAAUGUAGUUGACAGUUCCUUAUUAGUACAAAAUUAAUCACUUUUUUGUAAUUAUUUAACUUAAAUUUUCUUAUUUGUUGAGUAUAUAUUUUAAUUUUAUGAAACCAUUGCUUUUAUAUAUUGUAACUCGGUCGUGUGAUAAUAAUGGCGCCAAGCGCGGCGUGGUCACAGAUACAAAAUAUGCCAUAGAGUAAACAUAGACUAUAGAUUUGAACUGGAAAUGAAGUAUCAAGA